UUCUGUUUUAUAUUAACUCAACAUUUUGUAAACACAUAUUUAAUUUUUCUUUAAAAUUCAAACACAAACUCAUUACGAAAUUAUUGUGUAUAUUGGUAAGCCAACUUGGCACUUGCUCGCAUCACCUUUUCGGACACCCCUUCCCCCCAUCACGCGACCAGCAAACUGUACGCCCCAAGCUGCCGAUUCGGUUUGUGUCUGCGUCUGCGUCUGUCUGUCUGCCCUUAAAGAGUCUGUCUGGGGCUCGUUUCACAAAUUAGAUGGGUCGCGCAAAUGUUGACUAAAUUCCUUAUUGAUAAAAUGGACAAAAAGGCGCAGCAGCAACAGUCGCAGCACAAACAUCAGCAACAACAACAACAGCAGCAGCAGGCGCGUUCCAAAAUGGCGGUCCCAGAGGCGGCAUCUUCCAAGACAACAGCACCAGGAGUCUCAACAGGAACAGGAACAGGAGCAGGAACAACUACAAUAUCCACAACCGCAACACGUGUGGUGACACACACGGCUGGCUCCGUAAAGACAACCUUCAGCACACAGACCACAGUGCAUAGCAACAGCAACAACAACCACAAUAGCAACAACCCAACCAGCAAUAACAAUGCCGCCAAUACCAAUCACAAGAGCAGGCGGCCAGCAGGUGAACAGUCAGUAGCGACAACAACAACAACAACGCCCAAAUUUCCAAACAGCAAUGUGCGAUUCCAUUACGCACAACCAGGGGAGAGCGCACCAACGACAGGAGCAUCAGCAACAGCAUCAGCAGCGGCCCCUUUAGGCCAUCAGCAUCUCAGCUAUGUGCAGGCUGGAAAUCGAUAUUUUCCCGCCGGACGCCCGAUAAAUACCACAACAGCGCUGACAGCGCAAACCCCACUCGCAACGGCACUCGCCGCAGCAACUGCUAUGACCAACAACAACAACAACAGCAACAACAAUAACAACAAUGCAAACAGCAUUACGGUGCUGUCUCAAAUGCAGAAGGCGAAUGAGCUGACGGAUAAGCUCCAGCGCCUCACGCGCCGCAACGCCAUGAAGGAACUGUCGGCAAUGCAUGCCCGCUCCCUGCAGGCCUACGAUAAGAAUGAAGAGGCGCUGCGGGAGCUGCAGGAGAGUAUUCCCGAGAUUGGAAAGAUCUUCGAUGUGCAUUGCCGCAUCGGCAGUGGAACCUUCAGCACCGUCCUCCUGGGCACCCUGCAGCGAGAGCGCCAGCUGGCGGAGUCGCAUCGACGACGCUUUGCCAUCAAACAUCACAAUCCGACCAAUCAUCCGGAGCGCAUCCUGCGGGAGCUGGAGUGCAUGUUCAAGAUUGGCGGUGUAGAUAAUGUGAUUGGGAUCAACUGUUGCAUACGCUAUAACGACAAUGUGGCCUUUGUCAUGCCCUACAUGAGUCACGACCGCUUCCACGACAUCUAUCGCAACAUGAGCCUGACCGAGGUCAAGGACUAUGUGCGAAACUUGCUGAUAGCGCUGCGACAUGUGCACAAGUUCAACGUGAUCCAUCGGGAUGUGAAGCCGAGCAAUAUUCUGUACAAUCGACGUACGCGACAAUUCCUGCUCUGCGACUUCGGCUUGGCUCAGCACAUAUCCAGCGAGGGACGUGUGAUUCAGGCGACGGAUUUGAACGCUUCUGCGGCGGCCGUGCUGAUGCGGGACAUGGAUGCGGCUCGACAGCAGCUAAUGAUACAGGAGAGAGCUGCCUCGGCACUCACCACAGCGCAGCCCACCAGCUGUCAAGCCGAGGUGGAUGCCUAUCUGGCCGUCAGCAAGGAGCAGGACAUGCGACGCAUGCGCGCCCUGGGUGGCGGUGGGGGCGUCGAUCGUCCGCUAGAGGUGACUGCCCAAGCCCUGGAAUACCGACGCAUGCAGCCGCUGGCGAAUCUAACUAAAAAGGAGCAGGCCCUGCAGAAGGCCGACACCGUGCGGCUCAUCAAUCGGCUGCGCUACAUGGCCAAUAAUGUGGAUCCGAACAACUAUGUGGUCUCCACCAAUGCCACGCACAAAGAGAUGCAUGCCUCGAGGGCGGGCACGCCCGGCUAUCGACCGCCCGAAGUCCUGCUGCGCUAUCCGCUCCAAACCACUGCCGUGGACAUUUGGGCCGCCGGCGUAAUUCUGCUCUCACUGCUCUCCUCCCUGCAUCCGUUCUUCAAGGCGCCCAACGACUGCGCCGCGCUCUCCGAGAUCAUGAAUCUGUUCGGAGAUCUGAGUGUGCGCAAGACCGCCUUCAUGCUGGAUCGCUUGGUCCUGCUAACGCAGAAGGUGAAUGCUCUGGAUCUGCGUCGGGUCUGCAUGCGCUUUCGCUAUGCCGACUUCUUUCUCUCCCCCGAGAUGCAUCGCCGCUAUAGACGCGGCAACGGCACCACCGAAAUCUGCCGCAACUGCGAGCAGGCCACCUUCAAUUGCAUUUGCAAGCAUACGGGCCAUCGCAUCGAGCCGUACGAGGGUCUAGACAUAUUUCCAACCACGGUCUACGACCUGCUCUCUCGCCUGCUGGAAGUGAAUCCGAUGAAGCGCAUUACAGCGGACGAGGCGCUCAAGCAUCCCUUCUUCAGCGAUCACCAUAGGCUGCUGGCCGAUCACCCGCCUCUGUUGGUCCCAAAGGAGACUCUGCCUAUGGCAGCGGCGCGAACCCUCAAACGCUAUAUCGAUACUCCCCUGGCGAUAAAACCCACGGCCGAGCCAACAGCUACUGGCAAUGAAGCGUCUCCUGAUGCUGUUGCUCCAAAUCCUACAGGAGGAGUUGCUGGUGGUGGUGGUGGUGGUGGAGGAGGAUGUGGAUGUGGUGCAAAUGGCAACGUCAAGUCGACCAAUGUCUGAGCAAGUAUAUAUACGCUAUGGAACCAGAUGCCAUUUUUGAGUAUUAAUUCACGUCCAACAAAUUCCAAAGAAAUGCUCGAAAGUGUGCAAUUAUUUGUAAUUUCAAGAAAUUUUUAAAGUGCAAAGCCCAAAAUUUUAUUCAAAAUACAUAUAUUGAUGUGCAUUUUAAGAAUGUGAA